AUGCUGAGGCCAGACAGUGCGACAAAUGCCCUGCAACUAUUUUACACUCUGUUCUUCAGAACGAAGUCUGUAGAUGACAACUUGGACUGCAGUGUCAAAAGGUUAAACAGAACAGGUAGAUGCUUCCAUGGCAGAACAGAGGGGAAGGACAGGUUUUGGCAGGGAGGAGGCGGAGCCUGGACAGACUCCCUCCGGAAGCUGGUGCCGAAGGGGAGAGAGCCCAGAAGGGGGAAGCAGGGCGGCGAAGGGCGGGCAGGGCUCUACGGGCGCUGGCCAGGUCCCAGGGGAGCGGCUGGGGUGGCGGCAGGGGUGCAGGACCCACGUGUUCCGGAGAGGCCCGGCUGCCCGCACUUCUCCCCAGCAGCUGCUCAGCGGGCGGAACUCGGAAAUGUGAAGCCCAUUUCAAAGGUAUCAGCUACACCCGAAGAAACAAAGGCCAGAUAUAGCUUAGGGGAGACACCACUGAGAUGGAUCUAUGGCCACAUCUUGAAAAUGAGUCCAAUAUCUCACCACAAUGAAAAGAAAAAGAAAUCAUCCUGCCUCGUCACCCCCUCCAAGGCUCAGGGACCCUUGUGGAAGAUUGGUGGAAAGAUUGUGAGAGCUGGAGGAAGGGGAGUGUUGGGUAGGCAUGUCCUCUGAGAUAGUCUCCCACACAACCAGUCAGCUUCAAUUGCAUGGGAUGGGCCUAAGGACAGCUGCUGAGAAUGCUGGAAAGCACUAAAGACACUGGAAAAUGCUAAGUACCCUGGGAAAAAGGUUGGGAUAGUCAUCACCUUGGAACGCAGCAUGUGGGACUGCCAGUGGGACACAGUGUCAAUUGCGUGUCUCUCAAAUGUGGGAGAGAAAGAGCCCAUGGGUAUGCAUGCCUUUGUAAUUGACCCUCUUCCCGAUAGCAUAAGCUUUGUUGGCAAGCCCAAAUAAAUAUUCUUAUUCCCCUAACUGUAACUUAAGAGGGACAUUGUAGUGGAUUAGUCAUUUGGCAUUAGAACCACGCUCUCUAUGGCCGAGAAAGCACGUGGGUCUGGAGGUGGUGGUGGAGGGGAAUUUGGUGCAACAGAUGGCAGCAUGCACAAGACCCAUGCACACUCAAACCGGACAGCAAUCUAACACAGAACCUAAGUAAUGGAUAAGAAGCCCCAACAUUACCUGAAGAACUAUUGGCAGCUGAUUACUGCUGGGUGAACAAGAGUUUGUUUUCUUGAAGGGAGUGAUGCUGGAUAGACUGACCAGGCUCCAGCAGCUGGAGUUAUACUGAGGGACAGCUCCAG